AUGUCAGAUUCUAAGAAUUACGAAUUAUACUCGGACUAAAAAGGCACUCAUGAUAAUGAUGGAUUGGACCCUCUAGCAAAUCCAGAUAAAAUCAAUAUAACCUCAUAGAUGCUAUCUGAUGUAGAUCCAGAUCAUAAUGAGAAAAAAGCCUAAUCAUCUAACUUCUAAGCCUACAUGAAUACUGCCAAGCUAUUCUUUGGUAAUGCUUACUUAAGUAUUCCAAAAACCUUUUCGUAUUCUGGUAUUAUUGGUGGUAUACUUAUGUUUACAGUGGUUGGGUUGAUUAAUUGCUAUACUAUGCUUUUAAACUUGAGAGUAGCUGAUCGUCAUCCUAAAAUAGGUUCUUACUCAAAACUUAGCUCAGUGGUAUUUGGGCGUCUAGGAAAAUGGAUAGUCGACAUUAGUAUUUGGAUUAUGUAGCUUAGUUGCUGCAUCAGUUAUCUAUUCUUUAUUGGAAAGCAAUUAUCUGAUAUUAUAUCAUCCGAGACAGAUUUCAAAUAUGAUCAGAAAUUUUACAUUUUAAUUUUGACUAUACCUGCAAUGCCAAUUUGUUGGAUUGAGACUUAUACCUUCUUAUCUUACUUUAGUAUGGCUGGUAUAUCUGUUGCUCUUGUUGGAAUGAUCUGUAUGUUUGGCUACAACUUUGACAAGAUAGCUAAUCAUGACGCAGUCUACAGUGAUUUAAAGUAUUUUGAUAUUCUUGGAAUGCUUGGUCACAUUGGUGUCGCAAUGUUUGUCUUUGAGGGGAAUGCAGUUAUUAUGAAUGUAAGGGCAGAAGCUAAAAAUAAGGAUAGAUAUCCAGUUAUAUUGAAUUUAGCCAUUGUGACAACUAUCUCUCUAUUUAUGGUCUUUGCAAGUGUUUGCUAUAUCACAUAUAGAGAUGAGACAAAUGAUAUAUUUGUUUUAUCUUUGAAACUGAGUGGCUUUACAAUAUUUAUUAGACUAUGUACUUGCUUUAAUGCUUUAUGCUCUUAUCCAGUUUAGAUUUUAGCAGCAUUUGAGAUCUAUGAAGUGCAUCCAUUCUUUAAAACAGGCACAAAACUAAUGUAACGAGUAAAAAGAAUCAUAGGCAGAUCAAUUAUUGUGUGGCUAGUCACUGGUGUUUCCCUUCUGAUACCAAAUUUCACAGACUUCUUAAAUAUUGCUGGCUCAGUUGGAUCUGCUAUGAUUGCCUUUGUUUUACCUCCCCUACUUUACAUGAAAGAGUUCAGAAAUGACCUUGGUCUAACAGACAAAAUAUUGAAUUGGUGUAUUAUAGUGUUUGGUGCAGCAGGUGGUAUUUAUUCAGUUUACUUCUCAAUCAAUGAAAUUGUAAACGGCUGA